AUGGUCAAUGUGUAUGCGCCUAAUGAAGCGGCUAGUAGGAGGUCUGUUUGGUUGGAAUUACUUGGGGUUAGGAAUGCAUUACAAGGGUUGUGGGUCAUGAUGGGCGAUUUUAAUGAUGUACGAUUUGCGAAUGAACGAAUGAAUUCAGAGUUUGUCGAAUCAAAUGCGGAAGCCUUCAACCAAUUCAUCCUCUCGGCUGGAUUAACAGAGUACAAUAUGGGUGGAGGGAACUAUACGUACAUAUCAGAUAAUGGGAAAAAACUAAGCAAGUUGGAUCGAUUUUUGGUGUGUCUAGGCUUCAUGGAGAGGUGGCCAAACGCAUCAGUAACUACACUAGACAGAGUUAUGUCCGAUCACCGUCCAAUCAUCCUAUCUACAGUUCAGUCCGAAUUCGGACAUAUUCCGUUCAGGUUUUUUAACUCUUGGUUCGAGCACCCUGGUUUUUUGGAUUACUUGCUUCAAAUUUGCAGUACGUUUUCUUUUUCUGGCCCGGAGGACCUUGCGUUGGCUAUUAAGUUUCGGUGGUUAAAAAACAGAAUUAAGGAUUGGGUUAAAGUGGAAAAGCAGAACAAGGAAGGGAUUUAUGGGGGGAAAAAGAGUAGGUUGGCUCUUAUUGAAAACUUGGCUGAGGAAAGAAGUUUAUCGGAUGAAGAAUUGGCCGAAAGAGCGGAAUGUAGGAAUUUUAUGGCUGAACUUGACCGGUUGAAACACUUGGAUUUGCGUCAAAAAUCCAGAGCUAGGUGGGCAUUAGAAGGGGACGAAAACUCUUCCUUCUAUCAUCAUAUAAUCAACUCUAAUAUUAGUACGAGUAGACUAAAUAGGUUGAUGGUUGAGGGUGUUUGGGUUACCAAUCCGUUGGCAAUCAAGGAAUCGUUGUUUGGAUUUCUUAAGCACCAGUUUACUGAGCCUAUGCCUAGUAGACCGCUGUUAGUAUGUCCAAAUCUUGCUUCUCUUUCUGUGGAUGAGGCAAGCAAGCUAGAAAGGCCGUUUUCAUUGGAGGAAAUCAAAGCAACCAUUUGA